AUGGCAGGCAAUACAUGUACUGUAUCUGGAUCUUGCCAUUUGCGCCGGUCUCUGCAUGCACAGUUCCCCCACUUACACCACAUUUUGGAUUUCACUCUGGCUCCCCAUGGCCAAGAGACACUACCGGGCCUGGACUCCCGGCGAGGAACAGGACUAUCCAUCAUGGGUAGCGCGCCAUCUCCAUUUAACGUGGCUGGAGAGGGCUCGGAAAUAUUCGAUCGAGCGCAAACCCAGAACGAAAGAGUCUCUGCGGACCAAAUAUCGGCUUCUGGAGAAAGACAUAAGACGGCACCGCCGUCCGAUGUGGAAGACGCCAUCGCGGCUCGGACGUCAGAACCCCAGGAGACUAGGCCGUGGCCAGCACAGGACUUGGCCCAGUCCCAUCUCGAUUAG